ACAAGUUUUGUUUGUGUUUACUUAUACCAGUGCCGCUUGAAUCUUGAAACACGCGUGAUUUUUUGCCAAAUAUUGUAUUAAUAUUUCGGUUCGGUAAGUGUUUUAUCCGUAGUGAUUGUCGUAUCUUUCAGCGAGUACCUCGAUAUUCGCAAAAUGAGCCGGAGGAAGCGCGCAAAGGUCGAGUACAGGGAGAUAGGCAGCCACAUCGACGACGAGAAUGCGUCGGACACUACCCCGGAGAAGAAACCGGUUGGUGACAGCAAAAAGGAAAACGAGUCGACCUCGAGUACGCCUGUACCGUCGGCUUCCAAGGUUGAAAUAAAGGAGGAAGAAGACCCAGACAGUGAUCACGAAGAUCCUCGCGUCAAAGAACUAUUAAAUGGAUUAGAGGGAGCUGCCUUUCAAAGCCGGUUACCUUUUGAAAAGCUAACGUCUACGGAAGCUGCCUGUUUUCCCGAUGUCUCUGGUGGACCCCCACAGACUCAGAAAGUCUUUUUGCACAUUCGUAAUAGAUUGUUGCAAAUAUGGGUCGAAAACCCUAAACAGCAAUUGCUUUUUGAAAAUGCCCUUCCUGCCAUCGAGCCUCCAUACAACAGUGAUCCAGCUCUAGUCAGACGAGUUCAUGCUUUUUUGGAAAGGCACGGAUUUAUUAAUUUUGGUGUCUUCAAACGUCUAAGGCCUAUACCUACCAAAAAAUUAGGGAAGGUCGUUGUUAUUGGAGCUGGUAUAGCUGGGUUGGCAGCAGCUCAACAAAUGCAACAAUUUGGUCUUGAAGUUGUUGUUUUGGAAGCAAGAGACAGAGUUGGUGGACGUAUAGCUACGUUUCGAAAAUCUAAUUACGUCGCUGAUUUGGGAGCAAUGGUUGUCACGGGUCUUGGAGGCAAUCCUGUCACUAUUUUAAGUAAACAGAUCAACAUGGAACUGCAUAAAAUCAAGCAAAAAUGCCCUUUGUAUGAAAGUGAUGGAUCAACAGUUCCAAAAGAUAAGGAUGAAAUGGUUGAAAGAGAAUUCAACAGAUUGUUGGAAGCUACGUCUUACUUAUCUCACCAAUUAGACUUUAAUUAUGUUGGAAACGCUGGCAGUGGAGGUCAAGCUGGUUCAACAAAGCCUGUAUCGUUGGGUCAAGCGUUAGAAUGGGUCAUAAGGCUACAGGAACAAGGAGUUAAGCAACGACAAGUGACUCACUUGCGCAAUGUCCUUGCUUUGCAAAGCAAGCUCAUUGCAAACCAGCAAAAGAUGAUAACAAUCAAAGAACACAUGGCGGAACUCACUAAAGAGUAUAAAGAAAUGUCAGACAGCAAGCAGCCUAGAGAUAUAACUCAAGAAUUCGUAUAUAGAUCAAAAUUACGUGACCUCCAGAAUUCGUGCAAAGAAUGGGAUCAACUCUUUGAUCAACAGAAAGAAAUUGAGGCCAAGCUUCAGGAACUUGAGGCAUCUCCACCUAGUGACGUGUACCUUUCUUCGAAAGAUCGCCAAAUUUUAGAUUGGCACUUUGCAAAUUUGGAAUUCGCCAAUGCCACUUCUCUGUCGAACCUCAGUUUGAAGCAUUGGGACCAGGACGAUGAUUUCGAAUUCACAGGCAGUCAUCUAACAGGUAAGAAUAUUAAAUUUUUUUGA